GCCGCCGCCGCCUCUGCUGCUGCCGCUGCUGGAAGACAGUCUGGAUAUUUUUUCUUUGUCCCCAUUCCUGAAACCCAGCGAAAGCAUCCUCUGACUGCCAGAUAGCGCAGUGUUUUGGCCACGCAAAUCUCCGCAGACCGGCUGUUGGGGGAAAAAAGUGUUAGCUGCCACUCCCGGAUCUGCAAGGGGGAAAAAAUUUGGAACCAUAAAGCUGAAAACUUUUUUCUCUCAGUUUGGAAGAAGCCGUUCGUCAUGAAUGGGAUCCGCGGAGUUCAGGCGAGAGGAGGCGAGAGGCUCAAAGGAGGGGAGAUUUCUCGCCUGCCGCUCGCGCUGGGGCUCGAUGUGAAUAUAUAUUAUGUCUGCCUGUUCUCCCCUCAUCGGUGGCUAAGGUAAGCUGGACUGAAAUAGGCUAUCAGUUUGUGAAUGGCGGAGAGUAUGUCUCAAUGAUUUAUGGCCCAUAUGACUCCAAUCUCGGUUCAAGAAGAGUUCACAAGCUUUAAGCUUCCUUCCACGCAGCGACUCUCUCUCUCUCUCUCUCUCUCUCUCUCUGUCUCUCUCUCUCUCCCUCUCCCUCUCUCCCUCUCCCUCUCUCUCUCCCUCUCUCUCUCUCUCUCCCUCCCUCCCUCCCUCUCUCCCUCUCCCUCUCCCUCUCUCUCUCUCCCUCUCUCUUCCUGCUUCUCUCCUUUUCUCUUCUCUUUUCUUUAAGCAGUCAGAUCAGGGCUGAAUUUUUGCCCCGCUGCUAAGAAGAGCCUCAUCUUUUUCUCUUUUCCUUUUUUGUUGUUUUAUUUUUCUUCCUUCUUUUUUUUUUUUUUUUAAGUCCUGGAAGGUGGCCUAUCCCCUCUCCCAGGGCUUCCCAGCUAUUGUUACUCUCCCAGGAUUUCGGGGGUGUGCCUGGAAAGGUGGGUUUCUUGGGGUGGCUCACUGCCCUUCUUCAGCGAGACCCUGGGGGGAAGCCGGGAGCCACGUCUCCUUCCCUCCCUCCCUUUCUCCCGAGAAGCCAUAUGGAGCCUGGAUUUUUCCAACAUGGAGGCAAGGGAAAUAGACAUGUUUGGCUUGGUAGAGCUGCUCCCCACCCCCCCUUUUCCUGGAUCCCCAGAUCUCGGAUCCCCUCGGCACCUUUCCCUCUUUUCACUGUCCCAUCAGCCAGGCCUCUGCGCCCUCCAGCCGAGUGUGGCCUGGCAAAGUCCCGGUGCGGAGUUGCUAAGAUGCCUUUUAAUUCGGUUACCUCCAGCGCCCAAACUUGCUGCUGCCCUAGGGCUCGGCCCUCGGCCGGCUAUGCUUGGAACCUGCCGCUGCUAACCGUUUCCGUGUCCUGAACGCUUUCUCUUCGCCUCCUUGGGACAACAUAGCUCAUCGCCAGCCACCGCGGCAGCAGCAGCCGAGACAGCCCGGCGGCGGCAGCCAGGGGCUAACUCGGUCCGCAAACCUUCCCGGCCCUUUCUCGCCGCCAGCGGAGUCUCCAUUCUUUCCUAUCACGUCUCUGGCUUCUUGCUUCCCACACUCUCCUGGCCUCGGUCCUGCGAUGGUUUGCGAGUUUAUUGCAGGGGGAGCGACAGGAAUUUCAGCCCCAGGCGUCUAGUCAAAUUAUUGUUUUAUCAUCAUCAUCAUCAUCAUCAUUACUGCUGUAACAAUCAUUUAGACUAAAUAAAGCCAGGGCCCAGCCAGCCAACCCCCUCCAACAGUUUUAUUUCAUUCUCCUAUCUAUUAAUAACAAACUCAACUGAUGCCUGUUAAUUAAUUCCCCCUUCAGCCAGGGCUGCUCCGAAGCUAAUUUUGGUUCAAUCAUCAGAGGCUAAUGGUAAUAAUAAUAAAGGGAUUGGGUCAGCCUGGUCAAUUGAACUCCAGUUCUCCUCCCUGGAAGGACCUGCUGCUUUGCAGACCCAUGCGUGUUUCCCAGAAACAAAUUCUUCCCAGGACCCAAUCAGAACUCAGGGCUACCCGGCUCCCUUUUGAGUAUAAAUCUGUGCCAUUAAGAAGGGGGUUUAUGUGUGGGAGGGAUUUCCUUCACCUGCACUCCUUUUUGUUUUAUUUUCCUAUUUUUAGUUUUCUUUGGAGUUGACCAGCUGGGCUGAAUGAGAUUUAAGUAGUCCAAACUCAUAUGUCAGAAGAGAGGGUCAGUCUGAAGAUUUUAUGAAAAGUGAUGGUGAGGGGUUGGUAAGAUAGAUGGGGGGAUGCAGUCAGAAGUUUCAGAAGAAAUACACAAGAUCCUGUGACAGCUUGAACCUUUAUUUUUCCAGCACACUUUUAAAAGCCUGCAUUAAAAUAAUCAUUUUUUUUUUGGCCUCAGAGAACUUCAGUAAACAGGGGCACCCAGUUUCCAACCCAGAGGAUAAUAUUGUUCAAGUUGCUUUGUUUACUUCCUUUUUUCCUAGGGAAAAAUUUUCUGUUUUAGAAAGCACUUUCCCAUCUCUCAGUAGAAGUCCAGCAGUUAUCCAAUUUCUUUCUUCUUUUCUUCUUUAGAAAAAUCAAAGGAAACAGACUGUCAAGAAAAGGGUGGGGAAAAAAUUAAGCCUGAUGAAAAAAAAAACAGAGGGUCGGGGGAGACCUGGGCCAAAUGGUCACAGCACCAACCAGCCCCGCCAGGAAAACAAUCCUGUUCCAUUUGGGGGCCCCAUGGGGGCUGCUGGCUGUGGGGUCCCAGACUUGGCUAGAAAAGACUCAGACUGGAGGUGUUGGUACCUGCAGCAAGGCCAUGGAGGAGGCUCAGUGCCACUGGCUCUGCAGGUUAAAAAUCUUCAGGAAGUUUCUAGGUCAGGCUGCAGUCUUCGUGAGGUGGGAGGGGAAGGAGAGUAUCCCUCACACCAGAAGGUUCCCUGCUCAACUUGCUUCUCCCUCCUGCCUCUUUCAGAGAUACUCAGUGUUUUCUCCAGGCUAGACCCUGGAUGAAAGGAACCUAGAUGGAGGCAGAGGCAGGAGGCCUCUCAGCUCAGAGGACGGUGUUGAUGAUGCUUUUAUUUUGGAGUCUGCAACCCCCCCCCACACACCUAUCCCAGAUUGGGGUGGGGGGCGGUGCAGAAGGAGGGAAGAGGAGAGGUCAGGGGCUAGUGUUCAGGCAGGAGAGAAGCAAUGUCCCUUGCAAUAGUAAGAUUCUAUAUCUAGGCAGUCCCCAAAGGAGUAGAGUCCUUAUUUUUUGAGUGGAAAUGAAAACUGGUAGGCUUUUUCUUUUAAAAUUAAAGCGUUGCAAUAAGAAAAAUCCAUUUCAGGUCAAGGAAGUGGCCUCAGCAUCUGCUGUGAAGAUGUUGGGUGGGGGAGUAGAAAAACCCUAUUGAUGUCAGUUCCCUUUUCAGUUCCUAAGAUGGAUUCGAGCCCCAGUCCUCUUCUCCCCCUGUGUCUCUUCUCUCACCCCGCAGGUCAACCGCUACGAACAGACCCCGGGAGGAGGGGGGCAGAAAGGGGAGGGGGGUCCGACGAGCCACGUGACCCCAGGGGUGCCAAUGUCCGGUCGUGAGGGUAUCAGGCCCUUGCAAGUUGCCACCCACGGCCCGGGCCUCGCCCAGCGAUGCAGAAAGCCACCUACUACGACAACGCUGCGGCCGCACUCUUCGGAGGCUACUCCUCGUACCCUGGCAGCAAUGGCUUCGGCUACGACGGUCCCCCUCAACCCCCCUUCCAGGCCGCCACGCACCUGGAGGGUGACUACCAGCGCUCGGCGUGCUCGCUGCAGUCCCUGGGCAACGCCGCCCCGCACGCCAAGAGCAAGGAGCUCAACGGCAGCUGCAUGAGGCCCGGCCUGGCCCCCGAGCCCCUGCCCGCCCCACCCGGCUCACCCCCGCCCAGCGCUGCACCUACCAGUACCACUAGCAACAGCAGUAACGGGGGCGGCCCCAGCAAAAGCGGCCCCCCCAAGUGCGGUCCCGGCUCCAACUCCACCCUCACCAAACAGAUAUUCCCCUGGAUGAAAGAGUCGAGGCAAACGUCCAAGCUGAAAAACAUCUCCCCUGGCACAGCAGAGGGCUGCGGCGGCGGCGGCGGCGGAGGCAGUGGCGGGGGCGGGGGCGGCGGCGGGGGAGGGGACAAGAGCCCCCCGGGUUCGGCGGCGUCCAAACGGGCGCGGACGGCGUACACUAGCGCGCAGCUGGUGGAGCUGGAGAAGGAGUUCCACUUCAACCGCUACCUGUGCCGGCCGCGCCGCGUGGAGAUGGCCAACCUGCUGAACCUCAGCGAGCGGCAAAUCAAGAUCUGGUUCCAGAACAGGCGCAUGAAGUACAAGAAGGACCAGAAGGCCAAGGGCCUGGCCUCGUCUUCGGGGGGCCCCUCCCCCGCUGGCAGCCCCCCGCAGCCCAUGCAGUCCACGGCCGGCUUCAUGAACGCCUUGCAUUCCAUGACCCCCAGCUACGAGAGCCCGUCCCCGCCCGCCUUCGGCAAAGCCCACCAGAAUGCCUAUGCGCUGCCCUCCAACUACCAGCCCCCCCUCAAAGGCUGCGGCGCCCCUCAGAAGUACCCCCCGACCCCGGCGCCCGAUUAUGAGCCUCAUGUCCUCCAAGCCAACGGGGUCGCCUACGGGACGCCCACCAUGCAGGGCAGCCCGGUGUACGUGGGCGGGGGCGGCUACGCGGAACCGCUGCCGCCCUCUGCCGGCCCCUCCCUCUACGGCCUCAACCACCUUUCCCACCACCCCUCGGGGAACCUGGACUACAACGGGGCGCCUCCUAUGGCCCCCAGCCAGCAUCACGGACCCUGCGACCCCCACCCCACCUACACAGACCUCUCCUCUCACCAUGCGCCUCCUCCUCAGGGUAGAAUCCAAGAAGCGCCCAAGUUAACACACCUGUGAUGGAAGAGGGAGGGCUGAGGGGCAGGUCCUGGGGUGGGGGAGACCCAGGAAGGGCGGGGACUCUGGAGUUCUGCGGGACAGCCUGGAGGUCUGAAAGAGGAGGCAGGGAGGUGGCAGCCAGCCUUUCCGGGAAGAAAGGGCUGGAGUUCCUUCCCCUUCUCCUGGCCUGAGAAGUUGCUUUUUAAGUCCUGCAGCUCUUGUUAAGUCCGCCUGCCCACCCACUGGAAAGGAAUCUACAGCAGAUUGGAGAUGACCCUAUCAAUCCUAGGCCUCCAGCAAUAACCAGUUGGAAUUUCACCCUCGAGAGUGGGGUAGAGAAAGAGGAGAUAGGGAAACAACGCAGAGAAGCACAUUUUAAAAAACAGACAAGAUGGCUAGGCCAUCACCAGCCAACCAACCAACUUACCUUACAUCUAUGUGGGUAAUUCCCCCAAAUCUUGAUUUUUUUUUUUCCUGGCAAUUCUCCUUUUUAAAAAAAAAAAAACACAUUUCAAAACCAAGGGCACAAAGCACGUACCCCUCCCACUUCCCUGAAUCCUCAAAUUUCUGUCAAUCGAUUUGAGGUUGAUUGGGCACUCCCUCCAUUUCUAGUCCCACACUUUUCCUGCUCUAGGACAUUAAUAUCUAUACCCCGCCCCCAUCAAUUACAGUCUUCAGAGGGCUCAGGGAUGGUGAGAGGUCCUGAAAGUCAGAGCUGUCUAUAUUAUAAAUAUAUAUAUAUAUAUUUUCUUUUAUGGCAAAGCUGGGAGGUGAGGGCAGGCAAGUUGUCAGGACUGAAGGUUUGCCCAUUCUGCUGCUUCGCAUCUCAGCUCCAGGUCCAUCCCCCUCUCUCCACAGAAAGCAGUCGGUGACACGAGGUUCUACACUUUUCUUUUCUUCCGUUGCUCUCUUGACUUAACGUGAAAACAGGGUAUAUUUUAACAAACUGUCUGUCCCAGGCGGGGUCUGCAGCUGGGCCUGUGUGCCUUGCUCAACCGGGACAGGACACUUUUGUUGCACUUAGAGUUUACAUUUUAAUGGAUAUAAAAACAACUGUGAGAGAUGCCUGGGCCUGCAGGAGUCCAGCAUUGCUCAAAAAGUGUGUGUUCUAGUGAACAUUUUCAUAUAUAUUUAUUGGUUAUAGCCUGUUAAAAUAUUUUCCUUUUUUGUAUUAUUUAUCCCCCUACAUUAUGUAUUUAUAUGAGGAAAAAGGAAAAAAUUGUACUUUUUUUUAGUAUUUACUUGUUAUAAAGGAUGUUGUGUUCCCUGUCAUGUAAAACCAGCUAUUUUAGUUAUAUUGUACUCUAGAAAAGAGCUGUAGAUUUAUGUUAAACUCGUACUUAUGAGCAAUUGUAAUUAGUUCUAAAAGGCAUGAACUCAGCUCCUAAUUGUCACUGUAUAGUCCUGAAUUUGUAGAAUUAGAGUUAAUUCCCUCUUGGAACUUUCUUUGUUCUUCUGUAGUUACUUUUUUCCUUACUUAAAAGGGUUGUCUGUCAAACAAUUCUUGAAUAAACUUUCUGUUAUCAAUUUUAUCUUGUCCUGGUGGUCCAAUUUAGAUAGCAGAGCAGCAGGCUGCUGACUGCCAGAUUUCCCCCAAGGGAAGAAUGGUGAAGACCCUAUCCUGGCCUUUUUAUUCCCCUGCUCAGGCCCCUACCUCCCCCAUCUGUGUCUCAGGUUUAUUUGGUUUUUCUCACGCAAGCUUGGAACAUUCUGCCAAGUUCUUUAGCUAAGAUUUAAGUAACAAGUUUGGGGGGACAGGAGACUUGGGCGCUCCCUCUCCAUCUUUCUGUUUGGCUUCUUUGCCUCUCAGUUUUUCUCAUUGAUUGGUCUUUUGUCUUUUUGCUUCUUUGGUCACAACUUCCUCACCGCCCCCCGACCCCCUCCACCC